UUAUUCUUAAGAGAAAAAAAAUGUAAGAAGUGAAGUAUCUUGUUUCUGUCCUCUUGUUUCUUGAUCAUGGAAAUGGGCAUAUCAAACUAGCUGGUGGGAGGAGUGUGUUUGCUGGGGAUUUUCCAGUAGAAAACCAGUGGGGCAGGUGUUUGAUUUCCUUUGACUCAAUGCAAUGUUGAAUGAUCUUGAUAUGUGCAUAUUAUCACAAGUUAUUUGAAGCAGGAAUUGACUUUGAACGUUAGAUUUUGCCCUCUAAAGGUAUGAAUACCUUGAUCUGGCUCUUUUGAAGUGGUAUUUUGGGUUUUAGUGCGAUGUAGAAUGCUUGUUCAGGAGAUUUCACGUAUGUAAAUUGGAACAAGGUGCCUUCUUGCUUCUUGAUAACUAUAGAAGGCACGUGAUUCUGAGAGAUAAGCGUCAGUCUUGUAUUUUUUUUAUAUUCUUAACAAUGAACUGGGAACUUCUUGUUAGCCAUGCCAACACCUGCAAUACUGCUGUUUUCUUGUGUAGAUGUCCUGACUUUUGAAUGUGGUAAACACAGUAAGUCAAAUAUCCUAUUUUUUAAUUCUAAUUUAUUUAUGUUUUGUGAUGUAUUUCAAACUGAUGAAAACAGUGGAUGCUUUAUUAUUGUUGCAUUGUCUGCUUUGUUGCUUGUAAAUUUACUUGAUAUUUUAAACUUUUAGGAAUGUAGUGAUCUUUUGGGAGAUAGACUGCUUUAUAAUUGGAACUGGAGAAUUAGAAGUGAAAUCUGUUGCCUUACAUUUUAAAGGUCAACAAGGAUGUAUAAUACAUACUUUUUUUUGCUUUUGCUAAACUAUCCGUCAAUGGGCAGUGAUUACCAGGACGAUUAACUAUGUGCCAAUUUAAAAGCAAAAUAUGGAAUUUGGCUUGGAAAGUUUCAAAUUAGAAGGUUUAAAUAAAUAUUUGUAACAGAAGAGGGUAGUUAGGUUGGUUAUGUGAUGAAAACAUAUGUUAGUAAUAAAAUAUCACCCAUCAGAAAUACUGUUCUAUCAUACCAUUGUUCUCCAGAGAGAUGAUUAGUUGAAAAAUGAUUUUAACAAAAUGAACUCUGAACAGAGAGGAUGCUUUUGUGUGUGAUACAGCAUACAUUCUUUGAAAAGGCAAAGUAUUAAAAAUGGUGCCAGGCAUUAGGAACAUCUGUUGUGUGAAAAAGUGUAUUUGGGAAAAUCCAAAUAAUAAUUAUCAAUAUAGAGGUUUUACAUAGUGCUUUUCCUUGCUCAGUCUCAAAAUACUUAACAAAGGAAGAACAGCUAUCUAUAUUAAACUGCAUUUUCUGAAGCCUACCCACACAAUGUUUUCAUCUGGCACAUAGAUUCGCCUUGUUUAUGCUGUGUCUUUAAUUUUCUGUGGGAGCAAAUCUGUCCUAAGAAAUGAAAUCUAAGCAGGAAAGCACUGUCCUUCCAUCUUCAGCAACUGAAACGCAGUAUUCAUUUGUGUGAAUAAAUGCAGUACCCAUGAAGAGUGCCAAGUUGACAGCCGUGGCAUGUGGAGCCAUAGAACUCCUAUUGACCAGGCAGCCGUCAUGGAAGCUUACCCGGCUUUGUCAGCCUGUCCCAAGCAGAGCCCAGCGCCAGGCACGAGGGUCGUGCGGUGUCUGUUCUGGCUUUGACACCUCUUGGGCAAUGCUGGAGAUGGCAUAGCUGAGAACCAGUUGUGAGCCCGGGGAGGAGGCACCUGUUCACUUGGCACUGGAAUGAACCACCAAUUCAUUCCUCACGUGCCCUUAAAUAACCACUGGGCUUCUCACCACUAACAGACUGAACUGGAGCUGGUGGCCAAGGCAUAGGAUGUGCUGUAUGACAUGACAGCCCUGUUAGCUAAUACUCAAAUUGGUAAAAUCCUGCUGGUGCUUGUCCGUGAUCCUGCUAGCGCAUGGACAGCAGGAUUGCAGCAGGGUGAAGGAAGAUGGUUGUGAUAGAAGAGAUGCUUUCAGGUAUAGCGGUCACAUCCAUCUGGAGGAGACAGAUAUACAGGUGUGCCCUUUUUCAGAAAACCUUGUGUAUCAUUGCCUCAACCAAUAGAUUACUUUACAGCUACCAAAUGAACCAGUUGCUCAAGUGAAUAUGUAAUGUAGAGCCCCUGGCUGUGGGCUUACAGUGGUUGUAUUGUAGCAGAUAAAGCUGCUGAACAUUUUGUCAAACUGUUUUUCCUCCUUAAAAUCCCUUUCAGAAAGAUGAAGAUGUCCUGUCUUUUCAUCUGUGUGGAUGUAGGUCCCUUAAGAAAAUAGGUUGUAGCUGAUUUGCUUGAGGGCAAGCUGGAUAGACUUUUUGGGUACCUUUCAUACUUUUCUCCUAUAACUGGAGGCAGCCCUGGUAACAUAUAUAUGCACAUAUAUUUGUCCUUUCCACCCUGCUGCAUUUUUUCAGCAAGAACUUUGCUAGUUGAAAGGAGUAGCUCCUUAAAACUGAGCAUCUUUUAAGUUUGUAGGUAUAAAAAGACACUUAUUGUUCAACGUACCUCCACAAAGAUUCCUCCUUAAUCCUGAUUGUAUGUACUCAUCCUUUGGUUGAGCCUUCCCGUGCAGAGGAAUUUGAGUUGAUUGGCAUUCCUUCAUAAACGCACAUAGGGUAAUACAUCAGACUUUCUUUCUAAGCAGUCUGAUCAGUUCUGACACUUUCCAACUCCAUUUAAAAAUCCUUGUAGUAGUUAAGAGCACCCAUUAGUGCAAACAAGCUCCUGAAAUACCUUAAAGUAUUUGCUUUGUCAUACCAUUUAACUGUUUGCAAAACCUGGAGCUUGGCUUCUGAUACACAGUCAAUAAAAGGGAACGGACGUGUAUGAUAAGUACAUGUACAUGUGCUUGUGUUGUCCUUGUAGAAGGCGAUGUGCUUGCUCUUGUGAGGUUACCCCAGUCAGGACAAAUUUGAUGAGAAAAUGGUCCUGUAAGAGAAUACUGACAUACAGUAUUUGGGUAUGCCAUUUCGUUUAAUGCAGUUUUGAAAAUCAGGGAAGCGGUCCUGACACUGUGCUAUUGCUUGGACCUUGUCCAAGUCAUUUAAGUGGUCUUUCAUAUUUGUGCCUUUGGAACUCCAUUUGUCCAGGUCCAAUUCCAAAGUCCAGGCCCAUGCAAGGUAUUAUUUCUGUAAUAGUUCCUAUUUUCUUCUUGAACUGGUUCCUGGAGUUUGUGCUUGUUCUAAUGGGGACUUGGCCUCAACAAGAACCUCAGCGUAUUGCUGUACCUAUGCCCUGAUUUUAAAGGAAAAAGAAUGUCAAAUUCACAGAGCUUUAUGUCUCUGAAUCAGGCUUUAAUUUCUUUUUAGAUGGAAAGUGUGGUUUCUGGGGAAAGGAGCUUGCUAGUUGAGCAAGUUCAAAAAAUUCUUAGCAGUUCCAGUAAUUACUCAUUUCAUCAAUCCAUCUAUAUUUAAAGUGAGCUAAACAGAGUUCUUUCCUAUAAUGUCUCCUUCAAAUAAUGCUGCUUUACAUUUGGAGAGCCAAAUAAGGAAAUAGAACAUAAUCUUACAGGAGUUUCUUUCCCUUUUAGUUCAUAUAGCUCAGAGGCUUGCUGUAACAAGAGCUCUUGUUUCUAUGAAACCCGUUUAACAUAUUUAAUGAAACAAACUAUCUCCUAAAGAAAGCGGGAGCACUUCUUGUGUGUGCCUUGCGCUAGCAUUGGCUCUUGAGGACAUUUCUGCAGUUGUCGAUGUACUAAAUGAGUGAUGCAUUUUGGACAGCUUCUGUGUUCUGAUUUGUUUUGUUGUGCUUUUUUUUCUCCCUCCCUCCCUUCUUCCCCUUUUAAUUUGUCUAGGGAAAAAAAAAAAAAAAGUGCUCCUCCAGUGUUGUUUCCUGCAAAGACCAUUCUUAAGAGCUCGUUGGACAGCACAGGGCUCUUGAAGUGAUAGCUAAUUGGUGAAAGAAAGGCCCUGAUUGUCUUGAGGGAGCUGGAAAGUGCUGCGUGUGCUGCUGAAAGGGACUAGGGAGAAGGUGCCUGGUUUCGCUGAGCAGCUGCUGCUGGAGAUGUUUGGAGAUUACAUCAGCAUUGGAAAAAAGGGGCAAAAAAAAAAAAAAGUCCAACUUCACAGAGACGGAGUUUAUGGAGGUUUUUUCCCCCUUCCAAAGGUCUUCUGACAAUACUGUCAUUGUCAAUAUAAGAGUUGUUAAUUCUUUAUGAAUAGCACAUGGGGCCUCUUGACUAAAUAGUACGUUACAUGUCCCAAAUCUGUCAGCUGGACUCUUCUCUCACAUGCUAGUGAGAUCACUUUGAUUGGAAUGUUACAGAAAUUGCUGGGCUGGCUGUGCAGAACUGAAUACUGCAUUAUAUAAUUAGAUCUCCCAGAGUAUUUUUUGGUUUUUUUGCAUUACCUCAUUAUUCUAGUUUAAAUAUGGAAUCAGUCCUUUUGAUGUUUUUACUGGUGGUAAUUAUAUUAAUACGAUUCGUUUUGUGGUCCUGUCUUAGUGCUUAUAUAGAUUAUAAACUGGCUCAAAGGUUUCCUGACACAAGAAAGGAGCACUAAGACUUCAAAAAGUUGUGCAGAUUUGAAUCGACAGUGAUGAGAAGUGGAUCAGGUUAAAUGGAGCUCAAGCAGAUUUUACCUUGGGAUCCCAUUAGAGAGAAACGACUUGUUGAGACUGCAACCAAGUGAAGAUUCUUCAGAAAGCCUCAUGCUGACAGGGGGGAAAAAACCCCAACUGAUUGAGUCAAAUGACUUCCUAUCGAGCUCGGGCAUGAAUUCGUGUUUUUGGGAGCAGACUUGCAGACUUUUGCCAGUUAAAUGAUCAGGACAAGCUGGAAGGAAUCCUAUUGCUGGGCAGUCCAAGCCUGCCAGUGGCCCAGCCUCGAUAGAUGACAUGUGAUGGCCUGCUGCCUGCUGGCCUGGACGUUAAGAUGUCAGCUGCCACAACUGACAGCGCCCAAAUGAAGCUGAAGAUUGCUGGCUGCGCUCAGUAUCCACGUGCCGUGCUGUCGGCUCGCAGGAGUGGAUUUUUACCGGAUGGUCUGAUUUGUUACCAAAUUCCUUGUGAUUUUUCCUGAUCGGUUGGAUCUGAAACUGGCUGAAACUGACUAUAACCGGCCAAAUCUUCACAUUUCUUAGCAAGUGAUAGAUCUGAGUACCAGAAUGAGCUGGAUACUGCUGAAAUAAUCUGUUCCAUGAAAAACAGAUCUGUGCUAUAGAGAUGGAACUCUAGCUGUGUUUCAGAUGCGACAAGGGGUGGGAGGCACAUGACAGCAUGGCAUGCAGUGAGUUUUGACUCCAAAGCCAUGCAAAAUAUCUUCAUAUUUAGCCUUUAAUAAGGAGCUUAGUAGGACACUGAAGGAUGUGACUACUUCCCCAAGGCCAUAGCAACUUAGGAUUUCUUGGUUAACUUGUCUUGCAAAAAUGAAAUAAGCUGUUCCACGUGAACUCUCUGCUUUCAAAUGGAUGUUAUACUAAGUCAAACACCCAAAAAUCUUACUGCAUAUGCAACUUAACAUAUGCUUUUAAGAGAUGAGUUUUUCUACAGUAAAACUAGGAAAAUUGCAUUGCCUGAGAAAGACAGUGUCCUAGGCUCUUUUUUUUAAAAAAAAAAUAAUAGUCCUUUUGAUAAUUUUAGUCAUAUAAAAGCGAAGGUUGCCACUUAGUAAACUGUCUUCUAUAUCUCUUGGUAGCAUGCACGACGAUAUCAGAGUUCAGCCUAGGUAAUUCCAAUAAAGAGUUUCUGGCCCAUUCACAACACACACUCCUACAGGCUUGUCUCAUUAGUUAAACAGCCCUUAUCACUUUGUCUUCUAAAGGCUCCUGAAAUGGGGACAUGAGAGAUGGGGUGUGUUUAUGGUGUGGAACAGGGUAAAUGUCAAGUCAUUUGAUUUCAGUUUCAGAUUUUAAUUAUGAUGGAUGACCGGUUUACUAAACAGCCAGCAAUGUCUGAAGAUGCAUGCUAUUGACUUGAAAUGUAGCCAGAUAACAAUAAAUUAAAUGUAGAUGUAACUAACUGCCUUAUCCAUUUCUGUGGUUUUU